AUGCUCUCCGCCUUUACAGCUCGCCCUAUCAUAGAGCUCCGACAGCGGGACAAAUCGAAGAUUGAGACGAUCAUCGCUCACGGUGAUCGAAUUCUCGUUGGGCUCAACAACGGCGCUCUUCGGGUCUACCGCCUCAACGAACUUCCCGCUAACGGCGCUUCAACGCCUCCACUCACCGCAAAUGCGACUCCUCCUCAGAAUGGCGACCAUCCUGCCGCGGACUCGGCCGCCAAGCCGACAGACUUACUUCGCGAGAUAGAACGAUUCUCGACGCGGGCGAUAGAACAGCUGGCAAUCGUAAAAGAGGCAAACACCAUCGUUUCACUAUCCAACUACCACGUAUCUCUCCACGACCUACAAUCCUACGAUCUCAUCGAGACCCUCUCGCGAACCAAGAAUGCGUCCUGCUUUGCCAUCACGUCCAAUAUCGUUCGGGAUCCCGACACUGGCAUCCCCGAAAUCAUCAGCCGACUAGCGGUUGCCGUCAAGCGGCGACUGCUAUUAUGGAGCUGGCAUGAGAGCGAGCUCAACAACGACGUCUCCGAAGUGGUGCUUUCCGAGUCUAUUCGAUCAAUAACAUGGGCGAGUGCGACGAAGAUUGUCUGUGGCAUGAAUAGUGGGUAUGUCAUUGUCGAUGCCGUGACGCAAGAGGUCGAGGACAUUGUGAGCCCGGGUGCGGUGGGAGUGUCGGGCCAAGGAAGCCGAUUUGGAGCUGUGAGCAGCGCAGGGAUGGGGUACAUGGGCCUUGGAAGCUACAUUCCCAAACCUCUAGCCGCCAAGUUGGCUGAUGGCGAAAUGCUCCUUGCCAAGGACAUCAAUACGCUCUUUGUCAACGACGAGGGCAAGGCCUUGGAGAAGAGGCAAAUACCGUGGCAAACUGCACCCGAAUCUAUCGGAUAUUCGUAUCCGUACAUUGUGGCUCUGCAGCCUCCCUCUAAAGGCUCACUCGAAGUUCGGAACCCUGAUACUUUGUCUCUCAUGCAGACUAUUCAACUGCCCGGUGCUGCUCAGCUUCAUUUUCCCCCGCCUACUUCGAGCCUGGCCCAUGCCGGCAAAGGAUUCCACAUUUCCAGUGAUCGCUGCGUGUGGAAAAUGGGAGCUACAGACUAUGACUCUCAGAUCGGAGAGCUUAUUGAGGCUGGCAGAUUUGACGAAGCUAUCAGUGUGUUGCAAAUGCUUGAAGAUGCUCUUUUGAGAAAUAAGAAAGAAACUCUCCGAGAGGUCAAGAUGCUAAAGGCAGAAAGCCUCUUUAAGCAAAAGAAGUUCCGACAGUCGAUGGACUUGAUGAACGAAGACGAUGUUCAUGCUCCGCCCGAGCGAGUUCUGAGAAUGUAUCCACCUCUUAUUGCGGGAGAGCUGUCUAGGUGGGCAAAUUGUCAGGUGGGCCAAGAGAAUGCGGACACCCAGGUGAGAAAGACCAAUGGUACAAGGCCGAAUAGCCCAGAAAUUACUACAGGCGAUCAUGCCGAGUCUCAGUCUCCCACAGUUGGAGGUUUUGUGAAGUACUUCAAGGGAGCCCAAAAGAAACCAACUGACGUCGCUUCAAUCAUCUCGACGAAAAAGGACGGCGAAACAGAAGACUCGGACAACGCCAGAGACGCACCAGCAUCGGAGGACAAGCCACUUGAGGGCAGAGAUCUUACAAGGGCCGUCUUGGAGCUAAACAGUUAUCUUGCCGGCACUCGAGCUCGCCUUCAGCGUGUUAUUGAUCCGGUCACCGGCAAACUGAAGCCGCGGGUGGAUCAGCCUAGCUCAACGGCGGAGGCUGAAGACAGGCUUCUGAAGAUUACGCCUGAUGAAUCUGACAAUGAGCGGGAGCAAAAGCUGCGCGACAUUUUCCGCUUGGUCGAUACCACGCUCUUUCGCGCCUACAUGUUCUCGCAACCGUCUCUUGCCGGCUCGCUAUUUCGUAUUCCCAACUUUUGCGAUCCGGACGUGGUAAACGAAAAGCUACUGGAGCACAACCGCUACACGGAGCUGAUCGACUUCUUCCAUGGCAAGAAGCUGCACAAGUCAGCACUGCAGUUGUUGCAUCAGUUCGGCGCUGCUCCAAAGCCAAAUGAAACAGCCCCAACUCUACACGGCCCGGAUCGCACCAUACAGUAUCUCCAGAGUCUCCCGCCUUCGGAAAUCGAUCUCAUCCUUGAGCAUGCCGAGUGGACUUUAAAGGCGAACCCGGAGUUUGCAAUGGAUAUUUUCAUCGGUGAUACAGAGAAUGCGGAAACUCUACCUGCUGAGAAAGUUUUGCCUUACCUCCGAGACCUUGACCCGAAGCUUGAGAGGCAAUACUUGGAACAUAUCAUUAUGGAACUUGAUGAUACCACGGCGGAUUUCCACAACCGAUUAGUCGAACUCUAUGUUUCCGGCCUGAGUAACAGUGAAAGGGGUCAUGAUUGGGACGAUCUUGAGGAACGAUUUGUCAAGUUCCUGCGGGAGUCUCGACAAGUGUACAGUCUUACAAAGGCAUUUGCUUUGAUUCCUAAAGAUGAUGCCGCUUUUUACGAAGCUCAAGCUGUUGUAUUAAGCAAUAUGGGGCAGCACCGACAAUCUCUAGAGAUCUAUGUUUUCAAGAUGAAGGACUAUGUCAAAGCAGAAGACUAUUGUAAUCGUGCACAUAGAUCUCAGGCCUCAUCUACAACCCCUUCAGAUGACCCCGACGAGUCAGCAUCAUCUGUAUAUCACACGCUACUGUCUCUCUAUCUUCAACCACCUCCGCCCCACAAACCAAACCUCGAGCCAGCUCUGGACCUGCUCUCCAAGCACGGCUCUCGCCUCCCUGCCACAUCAACACUUGGGUUGAUCCCCGAUGAUCUCCCCGUCGGCUCCCUCGAAGCCUAUUUCCGCGGGAGAAUACGUGCAGCAAACAGCCUCGUCAACGAAUCUCGCAUAAUGGCCGGCUUGCGCAAAGCCGAAGGCAUAUCCGUCGCCGCGGAAUUGCAGCUAGGCGACGGUAAACCCGGAGGGCAGGGCGGCCGGAAUCGCCAUGUCGUCAUCACUGACGAGAGGCAUUGCGUCGUGUGCCACAAGAAAUUGGCUGGUGGGAUGAGAAUGGGCGGUAGCGUCGUGGCCGUGUUGACGGAUAACACAGUUGUCCAUUAUGGCUGUUUGAGCAAAGCAACUGGCAACAAAGCGAACGGUUCGAGAAAGCCCAGCUGGAGUAGAGGAUAUUAG